AUGACAGAUCCUACUGCAACGAAACCACCCAGUCGUGAAGAAAGAAAACGAUGUUGGUUUUUACGGGACAAAUAUUUUGGUUGUCUAGACAAAUUAAAUAUCACAGAUCCCACCACUGUCGAAAAAAAUCCUGAAAAAGCAACUCCAUGCUUAGAACUGAAGAAAGCCUAUGAAGAAGGUUGCAUAGCCAGUUGGGUUGAAUACUUUAAUAAAAGACGAGUUUUGGAUUUGCGGCAAAAACAAUACUUGGAAAUGUCAGCAAAACAAUCAGGAAAAUAA